AUGAAUGCGCUUGGAAGCAGAGCAAUGGCUGGGGGGGUCAAUCCUAGGACCAUAUUAAUAACAGGGGUGAGUAAAGGACUUGGGAAAGCCCUAGCUUUGGAACUGGCAAAGCAAGGUCACACAAUAAUCGGGUGCUCUCGGGCCCAGGAAAAGCUCAACUCCCUUCAAUUAGAGCUCAACUCUGCUACUGGUUCUCCUGCUUCACAACCUAUCUCUUCAUCAUCUGACAGACACUUGCUGAUCAAUGCUGAUGUUAGGUUGAAUAGCAGUGUUGAAGAAUUGGCACGGACGGUGAUGGCAAAGAAGGGCGUUCCCGAUAUCAUAGUAAACAAUGCAGGGACAAUCAACAAGAACAACAAAAUUUGGGAGGUUCCGGAAGAAGAGUUUGAUACUGUUAUCGAGACAAAUGUGAAAGGUGUAGCAAACAUGUUGCGUCACUUCAUCCCGCUAAUGCUUGCUAGCAAACAAGGAAUUAUAGUGAAUAUGUCAUCUGGAUGGGGAAGAUCAGGAGCAGCACUGGUUGCACCUUACUGUGCAUCGAAAUGGGCUGUUGAGGGCUUAACAAGGUCUGUUGCUAAGGAGUUGCCUGAGGGAAUGGCAACUGUUGCUCUCAAUCCUGGUGUGAUAAAUACUGAUAUGCUUGCUUCAUGCUUUGGCACUUCCGCCGGAUUGUACCAGACACCUGAAUCUUGGGCACUAAAGGCAGCUGCAAUGAUUUUGAAUCUUACAGCAGCAGAUAAUGGGGCUUCUCUCACUGUUUGAUGAGUAGUGUCUCUAUGGAGAGAAUAGAGUUAGCAAUGCACAUACCAUUUUUUCCUAAUGAAAUAGAGAAAGGUGGACGAAGGAGACAAUGAGUAGCUAUUAAGUAGCACCUUUCUAGGUACUUGGCAUAUAUGUUUGUACUUUGUAUGAUUGCUUUUUGCUGUGCAUUUUAUUUUUCAGGAUAACUCUUGAAGCACUAGGAGAAAGCAAUUUUUUUGUGCAGCAAUGAAUCAUUCUUCUUUAUAAUUGUUGAAA